GUUUCGACAAUCAGCUGACUGGAUACGUGGCCUUCUACGAGCUCUCCUUGGUGGCGUGUCUGAGGGCUGAAUUGUUGCAUUCGAUCCGCGUCUCACCACAAGCUACAGAAGCUCUCGCGUCCGCUUCGGGCUUUUCUCGGUCGUUAUCAAUUAACACUAACUAAUUUGAAUGAAUGGCACAUGUAAAAUAAGUAAAAAGGGUACGGCAGUGGGAGAGCCUUCCUCAUUUCCACGAUCUGAUCGUCUGAUUCCCUUGCCAAUUGCCGGAGGGGAUUGGCCAUGUCCUUGUGCUAUCGCCUACUCCCCGGCGCCUCAAUCAUCCCGCCGUCGGAUUCCCGGCUUCAGAUUCUCCGACUCCGACCGGUCUCCGUCCGCUCGGCGCUCUGCGAUGGGAUCUCCCGUGCCCUCCGAGCCGAGAGCAGAUCACGGUUCUCCGAGCCGGUCGUGCCCCCCUUCCAGGAAGGCGGAUGGUCGUUCUCGAGGGUGCGAUCUCGAUCGGCGAAAGGUAUCGGUGCUAUAGGGGAGAUGAUUGGGGAAUUAGAGGUGGAUCUGAGGCGGCAGAAAACGGCGGAAGUAUUGGCCGCGGCGGCGGUCACGGUGGUCCUUGGCACCGGCAACCGGGUGCUCUACAAGCUCGCGCUCGUGCCCCUCAAGGAGUACCCUUUCUUCCUCGCCCAGUUCGCCACGUUCGGAUACUUGGUGGUUUACUUUUCAAUCCUUUACAUUCGUUAUCAAGCUGGCAUUGUAACCGAUGAGAUGCUUUCGCUUCCAAAGGCUAGAUUUUUGGCAGUUGGACUUUUGGAAGCUUUGGCCGCAGCAUCAGGAAUGGCAGCUGGAGCUGUUCUUUCUGGGGCAUCAAUCCCAAUCCUUUCCCAGACUUUUCUUGUUUGGCAACUUCUCUUUUCAGUUGUUUUUCUUAAGAGGCGAUUUCGAUUAACCCAAAUAUUAGGGUGCUUUCUUGUGACCAUUGGAGUGGUAAUAACUGUGACAAGUGGGUCUGGUGCUGGUAUCUCAUUAAAAAAUGCUGGAAUAUUUUGGUCCCUUCUUAUGAUACUUUCAUUUCUAUUGCAAGCAGCAGACACUAUUUUGAAGGAAAUUAUAUUCCUGGAUGCGGCUAAGAAACUGAAGGGAGGUUCCAUUGACCUUUUUGUUGUAAAUUCUUUUGGAUCUGCUUUUCAGGCCUUGUUCAUAUGCCUUUUGAUGCCAUUCAUGUCGAAACUAUGGGGCAUACCAUUCAAUCAGUUGCCUUCAUAUAUUAGAGAUGGAACAGCCUGCUUCCUAAAUGUUGGAUCAUUAUCAGGAGGAUGCGAAGGUGCGCCACUUUUGCCAGUAUUAUUUGUGAUUGUUAAUAUGGCCUUUAACAUAUCCUUGCUACAUCUUCUAAAGAUUUCUUCAGCAGUAGUUUCUUGCCUUGCAUCCACUUUUUCAGUUCCCCUCGCCAUCUAUGCCUUCACGCUGCCACUGCCAUACAUUGGAGUAGCGUCGUCCCUCCCUGCCGGCUUUGUCACUGGAGCUAUGGUUCUUGUUGGUGGUCUCCUCCUCUAUUGCUGGUGUUCACUUCCACGGACUACCUCAGACAAUAAAGUAUUAUAAGUUCAGAAAGUCCACCCCUUUCUUUAAUUUUACUCUCUCUCUCUCUCUCUCUCUAUUAUUUGGCUUAUUUUAUCUCUUAACUGAGAUAGAUGGCAUUUUUCUGUAUUAUUUAUUCACAAAUAAAAUGAAUUUUGCCCAAAAUUGCAUCAUUAGAAAGAAACUUUGUUGUUGCGUA